AUGCUGAGACAUGGGAAGUUUCUUGUUUUUUUUCAUGCAGGACUCCUCCCAGCUGAAGGACUUGUGGAAGAAAAUCUGCCACAACAGCACAGGGAUGGAGUUCCAGGACCACCGAUACUGGCUGAGGACCUACCCCAACUGCAUUGUGGGAAAAGAGCUGGUCAACUGGCUGCUGAGGAAUGGCACCAUCUCCACCAGAGCCCAGGCCAUCGCCAUCGGCCAGGCGUUAGUGGACGGGCGCUGGCUGGAAUGCGUCACGCACAACGACCAGCUGUUCAGGGAUGAGUACGCUCUCUACCGCCCCCUCCAGAGUACAGAGUUCUCAGAAACGCCGUCUCCAGACAGCGACAGUGUGAACUCUGUGGAGGGACAUUCAGAGCCAUCCUGGUUCAAGGACAUCAAGUUUGAUGACAGCGACACAGAGCAGCUCGCAGAUGAGGCCGACUACACCACGCCCAACUCUGCCAGCCCCAGCAAGAGAACAUCUGUCAGCAGUUUCCAGUCGGUGGUGGACAGCGACUCCGCCGCCUCCAUCAACCUCAACAUGGAGCAAAACAACGUCAACUUCCACAUCAAGAAACAGGCCAAGUAUCCACACGUGCCGCCCGCCGCUGAGAAAGCUGAAUAUCUGGUGUCUGAGGAUGGAGGGCAGAACAUCGUCAUAAGUGAUGCCUUCAUUAAGGAGUCUCUGUUCAACCGUCGUGUGGAGGAGAAGGCCAAAGAAAUGCUGUUCACUCCGCUGGGUUGGCACCACAGCUCUCUGGAUCAGCUCCGAGAGGAGAACGGAGAGAAGAAGGCCAUGGAGAGGCUGCUCUCUGCCAACCACAGCCACAUGAUGGCGCUGCUGCAGCAGCUGCUCUACAGUGAGUCUCUAUCUCUGUCCUGGCGGGACAUCAUCGUCCCCGUGGUUCGCCAGGUGGUCCAGACGGUGCGGCCCGAUGUUCGCAACUGCGAUGACGACAUGGACAUCCGGCAGCUGGUCCACAUCAAGAAGAUUUCUGGAGGCAGGAAGUUUGACUCGAUGGUGGUCAACGGCUUCGUAUGCACCAAGAACAUCGCCCACAAGAAGAUGAACCCCUACAUCAAGAACCCCAAAAUCUUGCUGCUGAAAUGCUCCAUCGAGUAUCUGUACAGGGAGGAGAGCAAGUUCUCCUGCAUCGACCCCAUCGUGCUGCAGGAACGAGAGUUUUUGAAGAACUAUGUGCAGCGUAUAGUAGACGUCCGUCCAACCCUGGUGUUAGUGGAGAAGACGGUGUCUCGUAUUGCUCAGGACAUGCUGCUGGAGCACGGCAUCACGCUGGUCAUCAACGUCAAGCCGGUGUACGUGUGAAAACUGUACAAUUAUGGAAGCAAUUGAAGAACUGCUGCCAAGAAAAGGA